CAGAUAGAGAAAAGUUGUUGCAUCUGAUUGAGAACAAUGAGCAGCCUGAACUGGGGAUACGACUCACACAAUGGCCCAGACCAGUGGCAUAAACUUUAUCCCAUCGCCAAUGGAGAUUCCCAGUCUCCUAUCGAUGUUAAAAGCGGAGAAGCAAAAGCAGAUGAGUCUCUAAAGUCUCUCAGCAUUCGCUACAAUUCAGAUUCUAUCAAGUCCCUAGUCAAUGUGGGCCACUCAUUCCAAGUGCUGGCCGAGGACAAGGAAAACCCCUCAGUUGUAGCACAGGGGCCUCUUAAAGCAACCUAUCGGCUGAAUCAGUUCCAUUUCCAUUGGGGAGCUUCCAAUGACUUUGGCUCAGAGCAUACUGUGGAUGGAAAAGGAUAUGCAGCAGAGUUACAUCUGGUUCACUGGAAUUCAGACAAAUAUUCAAGCUUUGCAGAGGCAUCUAAGAAUCCCGAUGGAUGCGCUGUUGUUACAGUUUUCAUAAAGGUUGGCAGUUCCCAUCCAGGCCUGCAGAGAGUAGUUGAAGCCCUGGAGCUGAUUGCUGCAAAGGGUAAACAAGCAGCUUUUACAAAUUUUGAUGCUUCAACUUUACUGCCUGCUUCCAUGGACUACUGGACUUACCAAGGAUCUUUGACUCAUCCUCCUCUGCUUGAGUGUGUGACCUGGAUUAUAUUCAAGGAACCAAUAAGUGCUAGCUCUGAGCAGAUAAACUUGUUCCGCAGGAUUCUGUCUUCUGCCGAGGGGGAAGAAGCUUGUCCUGUGCUGGCCAAUCACCGCCCUACCCAGCCCUUAAAGGGCAGAGAAGUCAGAGCUUCAUUCCAAUAAGUCAUUUGAGAAUGGUGCUGGGUGCAAUACAGAGAGAGAGAAGGAGUGUGUUAUAAUGUGCGUUCUCUGUAAUUAGAAAA